AAAAAUCAGUCAAUAUCUUCUGUCUUCUCAUAACCCACAGGGCCACACCCCCCUCCCCUCUUCUCCUUCCUCCUCCUUCUCCAGCUCCCCCUUUUCGACUCCCAAGGAAUCACACCAUAGCGAAGAUGGGUUUCCAUUUCACUCCGCUGCUUCUCACCCUACUCUUAUUCUCCACGCUCCACUCAAGAUCUUCUUCCCAAACCUUCAAAUGUAGCACACCCUCCACGUGCCAUUCCCUCAUUGACUACAUCUCUCCAAACGCAACAACUUUCUCCCACAUCAAAACCCUCUUCUCCGUCAAGAACAUACACUCCAUCUUAGCUGCCAACAACCUCCCUCUCUCCACGUUACCAAACUCUACCAUACCUGCAAACCAGACCAUCAAAAUCUCAUUUCCUUGCAUGUGCAUCAACAACACUGGUCACUCAAACAAGCAACCAAUCUACACCGUUCAAAAGGAUGAUGGGCUUUUUCAUAUUGCAGCAGAAGUUUUCUCAGGAUUGGUAACAUACCAAGAAAUUGCUGCUGUUAAUAAUAUAUCAGACGUUAAUCUGAUUAAGGUUGGGCAGAAAUUGUGGAUUCCUUUACCUUGUAAUUGUGAUGAUGUUGAUGGGGUCAAAGUUGUCCAUUAUGGACACGUGGUGGAAGCUGGCAGUUCUUUGGAGUUGAUUGCUCAAGAAUAUGGGACCAGUACAGAUACACUAGUGAAGCUUAAUGGGGUUAAUGAUAGUUCUCUCUUAGCUGGUCAAGUUCUUGAUGUCCCUCUCCAAGCUUGCAAUUCAUCGGUGAGAAGUGACUCAGUAGAUUAUCCACUACUUGUUCCUAACAACACCUAUUUCUUCACUGCUAACAAUUGUGUUAAAUGCAAGUGUGAUGCUGCAAACAACUGGACAUUACAAUGUGAAGCAUCUGGGAUUAAACCAUCCAACUGGUCAACUUGCCCUGUUAUGCAAUGUGAAGGUGGCUUGUUAUCCAUCGACAACUCGACAACUUCUGGUUGCAACAUCACAACCUGUGCCUAUGCCGGUUUUAACAAGAACCAAAGCAUCUUCACAACUCUCGCCACACGGUCCACUUGUCCAGUUACCGCAGCUCCCGGAAAUUAUGCUUCAAGGACUGGUUUGAGUUGGAACUACUUGUUCAUCUCUCUUCACCUGAUUCUUCUUCUUGUGUAUCAUCUUUGAUUAGUAAGAAAUGGUGCUUCUCUAAGAAUGCUUUCUUGGGUUUAUGUAAGAAUACACUUGUAACGUGGAGAAAUUCUGUUUCUUGAUGUUGGGGCAUAUGAAUAAGAAAUUAUUUAUUUAACAAACAA